GGGUGGUCCAAAAACAGGUCCUCAGAGUACUGGGAAGAAAUCCCGUGAGGGCCUUUUGCUGGGGGAGAGCAGGACUUGAACUUCGCUGAGCUGACCCUGCUGGAGCUGAGGAGGUGACUGGUGGGCGGAGGCUGCAGAGGUGGGAGGACUUUGCCUGGCUCAAGCCCGCCUUCCCAGUCUGCCCACCAGUGUGAGCUACUGCUGCUGCUGGCCUGGUCAGCCUGCACUCUGGGGAGAGAAAAGCCAGCCCACAGAGUCUGACGUCAAGGGGAACCAUGGGUUCAGGGGCUGAGCUGUGCAGGCUCUUACUCGGACUCCCAUUGCUGCUGCUGUUGAUGCCCGGAGAAAGGGCCAGGGGCGGCCCCCUCAAAGAGAGCCGUGGAGUUUGCUCCAAGCAGUCGCUGGUGGUUCCUCUCCGCUACAACGAAUCCUACAGCCAACCCGUGUACAAGCCCUACCUGACCCUGUGCCCCGGACGGCGGAUCUGCAGCACCUACAGGACCACGUACCGAGUGGCGUGGAGGGAGGUGAGGCGGGAGGUGCAGCAGGCCCACGCCAUCUGCUGUCAGGGCUGGAAGAAGCGGCAUCCCGGGGCGCUCACCUGUGAAGCCGUGUGCACCAAGCCCUGCCAGCACGGAGGCACCUGUGUGCGGCCCGAGCAGUGCGAGUGCGCCCCUGGCUGGGGGGGCAAGCACUGCCACGUGGACGUGGAUGAAUGCAGGACCGGGGCUGACCUCUGCUCACACGGCUGCCGCAACACGGCGGGCAGCUUCACCUGCGCGUGCCCUCCCGGGCUGGUGCUGGGCCCCGACGCGCGCACUUGCGUGGAAGGUCCCCGCGAGGCCCCAACCAGCGCCAGCAUCCUCAGCGUGGCCGUUCGGGAGGCGGAACACGAGGAGCAGCGCGCCCUGAAGCGAGAGGUCAGGGAGCUGCGAGGCCGCCUGGCGCAGCUGGAACAGUGGGCCGGCCAGGCCGGGGCCUGGGUCAGAGCUGUGCUGCCCAUGCCGCCUGAGGAGCUGCAGCCCCGACAGGUGGCCGAGCUAUGGAGCCGGGGCGACAGGAUCGACUCUCUCAGCGACCAGGUGCUGCUGCUGGAGGAGAAGCUAGGUGCCUGUUCCUGUGAGGACAACAGCCUGGGCCCCGGCCUCAACCGCUGAUCAGGAGCCUCUGCAGCGGCCCUGCCCCUAACUUAUAGACACUGGACCCACUCCUCUGGGCGGGCUGGCUGGUCGCCCAGGGGCAGAGGAAACUGGACGGCGGCGGGGCGGGGUGGGGAACAGCAACUUGCCUUGGCCUCCCUGAGGCUCCUGGGUGCGGGCGGCCCAGGAUGCCAGGCUGACUUCCCUCGCCCCUAACAAACCCAGCCAGGAAGUGCCCACAUCUCUCUCUUUAUUCUCCGUUUCUUGCUGUUAUCCAGGUCAUUAAUAAAAACCAGUCACAUCCAA